UAAAAGUGAACUAUUUCCUUUAAGUUACAAUUUGGGCAUCCUCUUUGGGUUAUGAUUGCGUCAUGUCCGAUGACUACAAAGGCACAAAUCCUUUUUCAGUGUAUUUAAUUUGUUUCUUUGGCCGCGAGUUUUGUUCGAGAUGAAUACAAUUGCGGAUUUAUUUUAUGGCUGUAGUUUAGGCGUAUUUACAUGCGGGUUUCAAUUAUGGCGCAACAGAUACAAGAGAUAAACCGCGCGCGCGCACGUGGUCUUUUGAGUCUGUCACGUGUGCGAGGUGAUGAGAGGGCGUUCUGCCGCCUGCCACCUCAUUUUGUCUAUUGUUGUGCUAUAGGCAGGUCAAUACUGCUUGUAUCCCGUGGUUUCUCUGAUCCUCGACAGUGUGACUAAUCAUGGGAAUAUAUGGAAGAAUUUUCUGUAGCUUGCAAGAUGUCAGUUUGUCAUCGGUGUUGAGAAGUGGGCAAUCAUUUAGAUGGGUGAAAAUGGAGUCUGGCGAGUGGGUGGGCCCGCUGGGCCGGUAUCUGUGGAUUUUGCGCCAGGACGAGACGGGCGUCGACUUCCGGGUGCUCUCGGCCGAAGGCGCCGGCCCCGGCCUGCAGCAGGUGAAGGCACAGGCGAUCAUCGAGGAUUACUUUCAGCUGAGCGUCAGCCUGCCCGACCUGUACAGAACCUGGAGUGCCGCCGACCCCGCCUUCAAGAGCAUCGGCGGCAAACUGCCCGGUGUGCGGAUGCUGCGACAGGAUCCUGUGGAGAACCUCUUCUGCUUCAUCUGCUCUUCAAAUAACAACAUCCAGCGCAUCACCUCCAUGGUGGAGAAGCUCUGUGAGCGGUACGGGGAGCCCAUCUGCGAGUACGGCGGCCGGGCGUUCCACGCGUUCCCCACUGUGUCGGCGCUGGCGGCCGCCGACGUGGAGCCGGAGCUGCGCCAGCUGGGCUUCGGCUACCGAGCGCGCUUCAUCGGCCAGACGGCCCAGCAGCUGGCCGAGCGCGGCGGCGAGGCGUGGCUACUGGCGCUGCGGCGGGCCGCCUACCGCGACUGCCACGCCGAGCUGCGACAGCUCUGCGGCGUCGGCGCCAAGGUGGCCGACUGCGUGUGUCUGAUGUCACUGGACCAGGCGGCCGCCGUCCCAGUCGACACGCACGUGCACCAGCUGGCGGCGCGCCACUACCUGCCGCACCUGCGCAGCGUCAAGUCGCUGACCGAUCGCGCCUACCGCGAGGUGGCAGACCACUUCAGGAAGGUGUUCGGAGAGAGAGCCGGCUGGGCGCAGGCGGUUUUGUUUUGUGGAGACCUGAACGAGUUCAAGACCCUGCCAGAUCCGCCAUUGACAGCCAAGAAGACCGAUGUACGGCCAGCAAAAGCCGGCAAAUCAUCUAACCAGAAGUCCGGAACCAAGAAAUCAGCACGCUCUGCGUCUGAAUCGGUCACGAUCGUCAACGAACGUGCACCAUUGAAGCGGAGUCGAACUUGCUCGUCGGCUAAAGAAACUUCCUUGGAUGCAAUCGGGGAAAACACUGGGAGCAGCUCCAAGGUAAGCCGUGCCGUCUCCACCGCGGAGCAUCGCAGCAGUCGGCGAUCUAAACGGCAGCAGGUGCCGAGUACGUGAACGUUAAGCGUGACUGAACGUUAUUAGGCAGUCUGCCCUGUGGAUCAGAUCUGAUCCAACAAUGUUAGAACUGCUCUCAGGUACCUCUCAGGAUGUUCCUAGCUGUGAUUCACACCAGGCUACUUUUGGACGUGCACAUAAGUCCGUUCCAAUGAAAGACAACUGAAAGCCAGGUGGUUCACUGGUCACGCCACAUGCAUGCCAACUUGUAAAUGGUCGAUUUUUAAAGCCUUUUGUAACUGGUUUGUGCAAUACUUUUUGAAUUAUUCACAAAGAGCCAUCGCUAAAUGCCUUCAAAAUUGUAGUCCAUACGUUUCUUUUUCAAUUCCUUUUUUUGUAUCUGAAAUUUAACUUUGUAAUCGAGUGACUCGCCUCAAAGCAUGCUUUCAUACUACGUACUAAUGCCAGGAACUUUGGCAGCUAAAAUAACUAAGUUGAAGCAGGUUAUCCAUUUAACGCUGGUUGCACAUCAGACGCCAUGGAUGGGAAGCUUUGAAGAAAUGUGAUAUGUUUGUAUGUCUAUGAUUCAGUUCGAGAACACGUUUGGAGAGUACGGUCAACACCUCCAGACAGUUGAACUGCGUCACGGCCAUCACAAACUUCAAAUGGGGCUUCAAAUCUAACGCGGAGGGCUUUACACCAAUCUAUUUACAGCAGUCAGCACCCUUACAUCUGGAUUCACAACUGGAACUGGAUUAGUCGAUUCACGCACGGUUGCGUUCUUAUAGAGUCCCGGAAAGGUAUUAUCUCUUUUCGAUCCGGUUACCGUUGUGGCCUGGCACGGCCUGUCUUCUUGCGUUUCCUCGGGUUGAAACGCGUUGUAUUGUAUUGCAUAGUAUGUACAAUCAUGAGCGAUCCACACUUGACGUGGUACUUUCUGCUCAUGAGAUUGCUGCAUUUUUGUGCUCAUUGCCCAGUCGUUACUAAGCCAGACUGCAGGCCCAAUGAUGACUGUUCAGCUCGGCUUGUUUCGACCCGAGGUGGCCGCUCGGUGUGGUUCUCAAGCCCAGUCACCUAGUGAUGUCGACCUCAGGGUCUUCCAGCAACCGUCUCACCGUGUGCUGGACCCGCAAACCGCACCCAAUACUGUCCGUGGUUGCGAGUCAGUUUUUAUCAAACACAAAACCUUGCGAGCUUCCGGGUGUCUCACAAAAACUCCUUAAAACUCCCCAUCCUGCUUCUUGAACAUCCUGGACGUCCAUCAGAAGGGUUAUGCUCUAUCUGGGCCUUUUUCUCAAACUAGAACUGAGCUAGAGCACUACUCUUCAAUCUUGUCCGAGACGUCGAAUGUAAACUGCUUGCUGGCAGUUUACCACAGUCUUCUACAGCACGGCUUAUGCCAUGGCCAUUUUCUUGGUAAUGCUGUUACACUGAGCAGUAUAUUCCAUUCCUUAA